AUGGAGCUGCACUGUCUUCCUACUGAGACCCCAACCACAGCAAGCUCCUGCUCAACGGACCCCUUGUACGACAAUUGCCCACCUUUUGCCCAGCGUGGUAGGACAAGGACAAAAGGAAUGGAGAGCAGGGAUGUGUGCCCGGCUGUAACCAGGUUCUCAGGCCCCUGCUGCCCUCCGCCUUGUCCGGCCCCAGCUGUGGCUGAGGUUCCCUCACUGGUCGGUGGGGGAAGAGGGACUGGCGCUUGGCCAGAUCACAGCUACUGCAGCUGGAGAGGAGGUUUGGGAAGACAGGGCUGUGAAGCAGAUCUGGGUCCCCCCAUAAACAGAGCCAGAAAAGAUCAGGGAGGAAGCUGGGGAGUUGAGGACAGAGCUCAUCAGAACCAGAGCCCCAAUCCAUCGCAGAGCAAGGAGCACCGGAGUGCUCUCUCUGUGUACGAUAACCUCCCUGAAGCUGUCACCCCCGACAGCCUCCAAGACGUCUUUGAGAUGGAAACAAGCUCCCAGGAGCAGAUGUACCAAGCAUGGGUCCCUGAACACUUCCAGGGAAUGAUGGACGGCGAGGGAGUGAGUGAAGGCAAGAGCGCCUGGUCCUCCUGUGAGAUCAUCCUCGCUGACAAUAACCAGGACCAGAACGGAGACGAAGACAAGAAGCAUGAUCAGGAGCCAGAGCUGGACACUGGAUCCUGUGGAUUUCAGCAGGGGGACCCGAUGCUGCAGCUCCAGAUGUGCCCCCCUCAACAACGUGUUACAACAAGUUCCCCUCAGUUACCCCAGACUGAGAGCCAUGUUCUGUGGCCCUCAGCUGAAUCACAGCAGCCAUCCUGGUCCCCCAGGGUGCCCCCCCCUGUACCCCUGGCAGACCCCUCUGCCAGCGCCCUCCGCAGCAUCCUCACUAGUCUCCAACAGCAAAUAGUCCGACAGAGGGAGGAGUACGAGGCACGAAUACUCAGCUUAGAGCAAAGAAAUGAAGAGCUGCAGGUAGAGGUAGUUCGGUUGAAAACAAACCUCGCACAGCAGCGGCACUGGUACCAGGCCGUGCAGGAUAAGAUCACUGACUCUGAAAGGAUCCGGGCCGCCGCAGAACAACGCAACGACACUCUGCAGAAGGAGAUGGAGCAGUUCUUCGACACCUUCGGAGAGCUCAACAAUGAGGCCAAGAAGACAGAGUAUAUCGUCAAAAGCUUUUAAAAAGAGAAUAUAUGAAUUGUGUGUAAUGAAAUGAACUGUGUGUAAGAAGGACAAAAGGCAUAAGACUGCUUAGUCUUUAAACUCUAGCUAGGAUCAUGUAAAGUAGUUUGUCUCUAUCAAAGGAAAAUACUUCCUUCUCUAAUUGUGAAUGGUUUAAGUGGCCUGAAUAUACAAAACAUCACUGAAAGAAUAAUCACUGAUGUCCACUUUAUUUGUUACGUAGGGGCAAAGAUGUUGGCCGGGCGAUUAUAUUGUGGUCAUUGCAAUCAGACAUCUUUGACAAUGAAAGGAGAAAUAAACAGAACAAAAUGUGAGAGGCCCAGAGUAUACAAUGAAGAUUAUUUCUUUUUUAACAUGGUAAAAGAGGUUCUGAUGACUGUAAUGCUCAGUCCUUAUCUGAUAAGAUCUGUGGGGGUAAACCAGCCACUCCUCCUGUCAUUAAAGGUAUGACUGAAAGAAAAAGCUCAUACUUAUUUUAAAAGGAAAAUAUAACGUACAAUAACAAAGUC